AUGCCGGCCACCCGCGCCAUCCUCUUGCUCCCGGCUCUCCAUGCCGUGGCGGCCUUCUCCCCUCUCUCUCCCCCCUCUCUCUCCAAGAUCCCGUCUGCUGUCAGCUCGAUCCGCCCACUUUCUCUCAGGAAUUCCCGCAAGGUUGGACCCUACAUGUUCGACACCAAGGUCUUCCAGAAAGAGACGAUCGAAUUCUCCGUCAGUCCGGAUCCCACCAAGGAGGAUAUCCUCAGGGGAGGACGGGACAAGUUCCCCCUCGUGAAGAAGGCCUUCGAGGGAAUCAAGAAGAUCGGCGUCAUUGGAUGGGGCUCCCAGGCUCCGGCACAGGGACAGAACCUUGCCGAUACUCUCAAGGAAAUCGGAUCCGACAUCAAGGUCACUGUAGGCCUCAGGGCCAAUUCUCCAUCCUGGAAGGCCGCUCAGGCCGUUGGAUUCAGCGAGGCUGAUGGAACCCUCGGCGAGCAAUCCGCCGUGAUCAAGGAGAGCGACCUCGUGAUGCUCCUCAUCUCCGAUGCUGCUCAGGCCAACGACUACAAGACCAAGAUCGAGCCUCUCAUCAAGCCUGGUGCCACCCUUGGACUCUCCCACGGAUUCCUCCUUGGACACCUCGAGUCCAUCGGUGAGACCUUCAGGAAGGACAUCAACGUCGUCCUGGUUGCUCCCAAGGGUAUGGGCCCUUCCGUCCGCAGGCUCUAUGAGCAGGGCAAGACUGUCAACGGAGCUGGUAUCAACUCCUCCUUUGGAGUGCACCAGGAUGCUACUGGCCGCGCUACCGAGAUCGCUCUUGGCUGGGCCAUCGCCAUUGGAUCUCCCUUCGUGUUCGAGACUACCCUCAAGGAGGAGUACUGCUCUGACAUCUAUGGCGAGCGUGGAAUCCUCCUCGGCGCCGUUCACGGUAUCGUCGAGGUUCUCUUCAGGAGGUACAUGUCCCAGGGCAUGACCCCCGAGGAUGCGUUCAAGAAUUCCUGCGAAUCCAUCACUGGACCCAUCACCAAGACCAUCUCCAAGAAAGGCAUCUUGAACGUGUACCAGAUGUUCCAGGGAGAGGACAAGAAGCGCUUUGAGGAGGCUUACUCCGCGUCCUACACCCCAGCCAAGGAUGUGCUUGCUGAGAUCUACGAUGAGGUCAAGUCCGGAAACGAGAUCCGAUCGGUCAUCAUGCACGGCGACCGCUUUGACAAGUUCCCCAUCGGCAAGAUCGACGGCACCUUCACAUGGAAGGUCGGCGAGAAGGUCCGCGCUGCCCGCAAGGAGGACCAGAUCCCCUUGAACCCCACCACUGCCGGCAUGUACAUCGCCACCAUGAUGGCACAGAUCGACGUGCUCCGUGAGAACGGUCACUCGUACACUGAGAUCGUCAACGAGUCUGUGAUCGAGGCCGUCGACUCCCUCUGCCCCUACAUGCACGCCAAGGGUGUCGCCUUCAUGGUUGACAACUGCUCCAGGACUGCUCGCCUCGGAUCCCGCAAGUGGGCUCCCCGUUUUGACUACAUGCUCGAGCAGCAGGCCUGCGCUGACCUCGAUGCCAAGAAGGGUGUGAACCAGGCAAUGAUCGACAAGUUCGUCAAGAACCCCGUCCAUCAUGCUGUCAACGAGUGCUGCAAGCUCCGCCCCCCGUCGACAUCUCCACCACCGGUGCCUCGACCGCCCAGGAUGACCUUUCCUUCACUUUCCGUGAGUCCGUCAAGAACUAAAUCAUCCACCGUUGAUCUCAGUAUAAGAGUUUUGUCUUAAAUCAGUUCCUCUGC